AUGACUAAGACAGAUCCCGCUCCCAUGGCCCCCCCACUACGCGGGGAGGAAGAAGAAGAGGAGGAAGAGGAUGAGCUGGUCCCUGAGGCCCCCAGCCCCACCCAGGAGCGCCGGCAGAAGCCUGUUGUGCACCCCUCGGCACCUGCCCCCCUCCCCAAGGACUACGCCUUCACGUUCUUCGACCCCAAUGACCCGGCGUGCCAGGAGAUUCUCUUUGACCCGCAGACCACCAUCCCUGAGCUGUUUGCCAUCGUGCGCCAGUGGGUGCCCCAAGUCCAGCACAAGAUUGAUGUCAUCGGCAAUGAGAUUCUGCGUCGAGGCUGCCAUGUGAAUGACCGUGAUGGGCUGACCGACAUGACACUGCUCCACUAUGCGUGCAAGGCUGGAGCCCAUGGAGUCGGGGACCCUGCGGCGGCUGUGCGCCUUUCACAGCAGCUGCUGGCUCUGGGUGCGGACGUAACACUGCGCAGCCGCUGGACCAACAUGAAUGCGCUUCACUACGCUGCCUACUUCGACGUUCCCGACCUUGUGCGCGUGCUGCUGAAGGGCGCCCGGCCGAGAGUGGUGAACUCCACGUGCAGUGACUUCAACCACGGCUCAGCCCUGCACAUCGCUGCCUCCAACCUGUGCCUGGGCGCAGCCAAAUGUUUGCUGGAGCAUGGUGCCAACCCGGCGCUGCGGAACCGAAAGGGACAGGUGCCAGCAGAGGUGGUCCCAGACCCCAUGGACAUGUCCCUGGACAAGGCAGAGGCAGCGCUGGUGGCCAAGGAGCUGCGAACACUGCUGGAGGAGGCUGUGCCACUCUCCUGUGCCCUCCCCAAGGUCACACUACCCAACUAUGACAACGUCCCAGGCAAUCUCAUGCUCAGUGCAUUGGGCCUGCGUCUGGGAGACCGCGUGCUGCUGGAUGGCCAGAAGACGGGCACACUUCGGUUCUGCGGGACCACGGAGUUCGCCAGUGGCCAGUGGGUGGGCGUGGAGCUGGAUGAACCCGAGGGCAAGAAUGAUGGCAGUGUUGGGGGUGUCCGGUACUUCAUCUGCCCUCCCAAGCAGGGUCUCUUUGCCUCUGUGUCCAAGAUCUCCAAAGUAGUGGAUGCACCCCCCUCAUCAGUCACCUCCACACCUCGGACUCCUCGGAUGGACUUUUCCCGUGUCACUGGGAAAGGCCGCAGGGAACAUAAAGGCAAGAAGAAGCCCCCAUCAUCCCCAUCUCUGGGGAGCCUGCAGCAGCGAGAGGGAGCCAAGGCUGAGGUUGGAGACCAAGUCCUCGUUGCUGGCCAGAAGCAAGGGAUUGUGCGCUUCUAUGGGAAGACAGACUUUGCUCCAGGUUACUGGUAUGGCAUUGAGCUAGACCAGCCCACUGGAAAGCAUGAUGGCUCUGUCUUCGGUGUCCGGUACUUUACCUGUCCCCCGCGGCAUGGAGUCUUUGCACCAGCAUCCCGAAUUCAGAGGAUUGGUGGAUCCACUGACCCCCCUGGGGACAAUGUGGGAGCCAAAAAAGUGCAUCAAGUGACAAUGACACAGCCCAAACGCACUUUCACGACAGUCCGGACCCCAAAGGACAUCGCAUCAGAGAACUCCAUCUCCAGGUUGCUCUUCUGCUGCUGGUUUCCCUGGAUGCUGAGGGCAGAGAUGCAGUCUUAG